AUGGAUAUCAACAGCGACAAUCAGGAGGGGCAGACUAACGGCGGCGGCGGUGGCGCCCCAUGUUGUCCUCCAUCUCCAACUCCGACGACUUCAAUUUCAAUCUCUCGAAAGGGACAAAUGAUUUCGACGUCUUCUUCGUCGAGUGAAGUGAGUGUGAAUUCUGUGUUCACUGAGACGCAUGAUCUGAAAGUAUUAUCACGGAAGAAAAAGAUGAAGGAUAUUGAGAUGGAAAAACUUGUGCAAAGAGUUGAUGCUCUUGAAAAGGUGAUGGUUUCUUUGUAUGAAACAGCCGCGGAAAUUGGUCAUGCUACAGAAACAUUGAAGAAUUCUUUGACUCUGCUCCAUCCAGAGUUGGCGAUAGAGCUAUCGAAAUCUAAUGCAAAGAGAGCAGAUGAUGAUGAUGAUGAUGAUGGAGCUUAUAAUGAAAUGAAGAUUAACCUUAAUGAUGGUGAGGAUCCAAAAACUGCUGUGAACAAUGUACCUCGCAAGAAGGUGAAAUUUGAAAAUGAAGGGAAGCCCGUCAAGAUUUUUGAGAUUCCUGGAAAGAAUAUUUCUGCGAUGACAGAAUUCGCGAUGCAGCAGCAACCAUCUCCAAGCUCUGCUGCUUCUUCCAGGCCUUCAAGGUCUCUUGCUCCUUUCACUGAAGAAGAAAUAAGAGGUGUUCUAAUGCAGAAUGAGCCCGUCACUGUAAUGGGAGUUGUCACAAGAUUUAAGCCUAAGCUCAAGAAAAUGGAGAACAGGGAUGCUCUUGCAGCUAUAUGUCAGAGUAUUUGCGUGAUACGAAAGAAGGUACCUAUUGGGAAUAACUAUAUUGCUCUCACGAAUAAUGUUUCAGUAUAA